AUAUAGUACAUUACUAUCUAAUAUGUAAACCUAAUGGUUCUGGAGAUUAAAAAUUUCAUAUAAUUUGUCUUAUAUAAUGUUCUGUUAUUGAUUAAAUUGAAGUAUGUAUAUGUUUUUAAUGAUAAUGUGUCUUACAUGUGUCACACUGGCAAUUAAAUAAAGAUGUACUAGAUAUUAAGCUUAUUAAUUAAUAUAUGAAAAUGCUUUUUCUCAUAAUGUGAUGCCUUGUUGGCCAUGGUAAUUGUUGGUUUAGUAAAAUUUUAAAAGUACAUUUGUUCAUGAAUGCACAUUCAUUAUAUAUUGUUUUUUGUAAAAUAUUCAUAUUAUUUGUUUAAUUUUAUUGUUUCUAUGUAGACAUUUUUUUUCAUCAUAAUAAAAUAUGGAAAUUGACUGAAUUUAAUUCAAUUUUUUUUAAUCCAAUGUACAGUUCUAACCCUUAGUUCGUGAAGACUUCCAUAUGAUUAAAACAUUGAUUGGGUUAUGCGCUAAAUCUUACCAUUUAUGUAUCCUGUAUGAUGUAGACUAAAAAUAAGAAUAUGUAUUGUUUGCUGACAACAUAACAUUGCUUACAUAAUUAUUGGCAUAAUUAAACCACAGAUUUAAAUAGUUGCUGGUUGCAAUUACUAUUCUAUGUAUACAGUAUAAGUACCCUAGUCACAUCUUGUCAUUAUAUUUUUUAUAUUAAAUCGUGAUUUAUUUACUAUACAGAAAAAAAAAAUGGCUACAAUUAGUACAAGAGCGAAAUCACCACUCCGCUCUGAUGCAAUUCUUAAAGCUCUCCAGCGAGGGCCAGUUUAUGACACAGGAGUUCUUUUAGGUAACUGGGUAGAGGAUAGAAUAGAAUGUCCCAAACGCGGAACAUUUUAUUUUCCACCUAAAGAAGAGAUUGAUUACGAACAACUAAAGCCCGAAUCACGACAACCCGAUUUUCGUCUGAAUAAACUAAACAGCUUACAGGGCAACGUCCAUUCAAUAAUUCGACACGACAGUCACGAUUCGUGCGGCAACUACGCAACCACAACGGACUUGGUAUACAACCAUCUACCAAAGCCUUUGUGUGGACCACAACAGCGUUAUUACAAACGUAGUGCUCAUCAAUUCUAUCCUCAACCGGAUUUAUUUAAAUGUUUUGGAAAUGCAACUGAAUGGGGUCUAAGAAAAUAUCUACAACAUGAAUGGAAAUGUACCGAUGUGUCUGAUUACGCUUCCACGUUUUAUGAGGACACUUAUGUAGCCCCACAACCCCAUCAAUAUCUCCAGCGGUGCGAAAGGAGGGCACGCAAUUCGAGCUUUACAAAAGGUUUCCGUUUCAAGAUGACAAAACCCAAAAACGAAACAAAAAAGAAAUGAUAACAUCAAGAAUCAUUAACUUCAUUAUCAGCAAAAUUACUAGUCUUUACAUAUCACAUUUUGUUUAAAACACUCCGUGCACAUGAUUAACAACAGCUUUUGUAUUACGUCUUAAAUUUUGUAAUAAUUACGUAUAAAUUGUACGUAUAGAAAAAAAAUAUGAAAAUAAAACUUAUUCGACAUAAGUAUCACAAAAUCUACACUUUCAUAUUGAACUUUUCCGUCAGAAAUCCACUUAAGCAGAAAGUCUUUAAUAAAGCUCGUCGUCAGAAAACCAU